UAUUAAUAUUCUUCAUUGAUAUUAAGUUUUAUAUCUUUUUAAUUACCAUUGCAAAUUUACUAAUAAUCUUUUACAUUUUUACGUUAAUUGACUAUGUAUUGUAUCUAAAGUGAUGUUUUAUUUAUAAAUUAGAUAAUAUUUCAGUGUACAUAAAUAAUUUAUAAAGUUUGGAUUGUAGUAAUUGCCUUUUACAUUAUGUUUGAUAACAUAGACAAAAAUCUUUUUUUUAUUAAAGCACAUUAUUUUCUAUUUAAUGCUGCUACUGGACCAGUAUUACCAUUUUUACCAACAAUUGCUAAGCAAUUAGGUUUCUCUGGAACUUUGGUCGGUACAAUAUUUACAGUAUUACCCAUAUCUGGUUUGAUUGCAAAACCACUGUUUGGAGGAUUAGCUGAUAAAUUUAAUCUUCCUAAAACUUUUUUCUUAAUAUUUCAAGUAUUACUUACUAUAAGUCUUUUCUCAAUCCAUUUCAUACCUCAAUUUAGAACAAGUGCAAAUAUUACUCUUACUUGUGAUGGAGACUUAUUUUUAAAAGUAUGUUCAAAGAAAGGAUUUUCUGAUGAAGCAAUGCAAGGUGUAAUAACAACUGAAGAAACUACAGAUAAUCCUACAUGUCAGCUAUUUUGUAAAGCUUCUCAAAGAGCUUAUGAAGAACUGUGUCUAUGGAAUCCGUUAUACUGUGCUAAGAAUAAUUCGAAUAUUUCUCCAAAUGAAACAUUCGAUUUUGUUGCAACAAUUAAUAUGUAUAAAGAUUUACCUGAGAAAAACUGUACAAACUUAAGAGUUUCUAAUGUAACUUUUUCGUAUGGAAAUACACAUCGACCUGCUUGCAAGAAAUUAUUAAAAACUUCAUGUAUUGCCUCUUGUCAACAUCCAGUUUUAAAUGAAUUAUUACAUGAAUCUGAUAACUAUGAUAUAUCUCCAACAGAUUUUACAUUUCAAUUUAAUUUUUUUUUAUGGACGACUAUAGUGAGCUGGAUUUGCAUGGCUGUUGUGGUUAGCAUAGCAGAUUCUAUUUGUUUCAAUUUACUUGGAAAUGAGAGGAAAAAAGAUUAUGGUAAACAAAAGAUGUGGGGAAGCAUAGGAUUUGGAAUUUUUGGUAUAAGUGCAGGAUACUUGGUAGAUAUUUUUAGUGAAGGACAAUUUCAAAAGGAUUAUACAUGUAUAUUUUUUAUGAUGUUGGUCUUUAUGAUUCUUGACAUUAUAAUGUCAGCCAGAUUGAGAAAGAAAAAUCCUGAAUGUUCUGAAGAACCAUCAAUGCUGAGGGAGUUGUUAACCGUCACUAAAGAGCCUAACAUAUGGAUAUUUGGAUGGUGGUGCAUAGGUGCUGGAAUGUGUACAGGAGUAAUAUGGAACUUCUUGCUUUGGCAUACAGAAAAUUUAGCUACAUUCACACAAACAAAAUGGAUUAAAACUCUGCAAGGUCUGUUGGUUGGCACAGAAUGUUUCUUAGCAGAAAUGCCUUUUAAUUUUUUGUCAGGAAGUAUUUUGAAAAAAUUUGGUCAUAUAAAUAUUAUGAGUCUUGUAUUACUCAUUUAUUCAAUAAGGUUUAUGGCAUAUAGUUUAAUAUCAAAUCCAUGGCUAUUUUUACCAUUGGAAAUAUUGCAUGGUCCAUCAUAUGGUCUCUGUUGGCCAACAAUGGUAUCUUAUGGUGACAAAGUAACUCCUCCAGGUACUCAAGCUACUAUACAAGGCUUAAUAGGUUCUAUUUUUGAAGGAAUUGGUGUGUCAAGUGGUACUUUAUUAUGUGGAUGGAUAAUGGAUGUAUAUGGAGGUGUUGAAGCAUUUAGAAUUUUUUCAAUUGGUGCUCUUAUAUGGCUAAGUAUUUUCUGGGUCAUGCAAUUAAUAUUACGCAAAAUAUAUUCUACACAAGGUCAUAAUCGUGAAUUUGGCUAGUUAUGCCAAUCCAGAUGAUGCAAUUCUAAUGACUAUAAGUCAAGAAUUACAAACGUAUUAAUAGAAGCAAAGAUUAA